AUGGGUCAACCAAAAUUCUCGUCGGUGACCGAGACGUGCGCUCUUCGACUCCUAGAUCUGAUGCAUUACUUUCAUCUGAACGCCGCGCUCACCGUCGAGAACAACUCGUCUGAGUUCUUGUGGUCCGCUCUCUGGUGUCCAUUACUUCAAGGAAUCGCUCUGUUCUGUUGCGACUCCCGACGUCCGGUGCGGACGUGUGCCCUCACAUUCCUCCAGCGGGCGCUUCUUCUUCAUGACCUGAAAGUGUUGUCGGCCUCGCAGUGGGAGAACUGCUUCAAUAAAGUUUUGUUCCCACUGUUGUCCAAACUCUUGGAACCGAUCAAUAUGUGUGACCCGAUCGGUAUGGAUGAGACCCGUAUGCGCACCACAAACCUGCUCUGCAAAAAGGAGGCGAUUCCGGAGUCGCUGAAGAACAUACUGCUGGUGAUGGAAACGGCCGGUUGUUUCAACGACACGUUGGCCGCCAUCACGUGGGACCGGAUCGCCACGUUUUUGCCGCAUUUACAUCAGGAUCUAUUGCCGCCGCAGAUCAACGCCAACGCAGAGGACAAUACAAACAACACACAAACGGGUGUCGGCGGCGAUGAGACCGCACCCCUCAGAAGCAAUGAAUUACCGCCCGUCGAGUCGCCGACACCACCGUUGCCACCGGCUGUUCCCCUCCCACCACAGCCACCGUACGAGCACUCGAAUCAAAUAACAUCACAAACAGUUGAUCCGAACGUAACGCCCGUACCAGCGGUUGGUCUGCAUAUGGCGGCCGUUCCCCCGUAUCUUCAGACCGUUAUUCCCAACUCGACGUUCAUCGAUAUGGAAGAGGGACACAGACAACCGCUCUUCACGCCAGUGGUGGCCGCGCAUCAACAGCCGGCCCCACAACCGGUGUAUCACCCGAUGCCCACAUACCCGGGCACUAUCGAGCCAUUUGUUCCGCCGCCGACCGGCGUUCCCAAUGCGCCGCCAACUGUGGCCACAGCACAGCAACAACACCCACACCAUCCGCCCAACGCACAGGUACUCUCUGCCUACCCCUGGCCGGCGCCCAGCGAUCAGAAAAAUUACUAAAUUAUUAUCAAUAUAUUUAAGAGUUUAUAAAUUGAUUAAAAAUAAUCUCUCACUUUCUCUAUUCAUGAGCAAAUGUUUUUAAAUUUUAUAAAACAUGAUAAAUAAUUCCAGA